AUGACAAUGUUUCCUGUUGAAAAAUGUUCAAUAUUUAAGUAUAAUUCUGAUGUUUUGGAGAAAGCUUUUCGUCCUGGUAUUAAAAUGUUUUUACCUGUUUUGUUAAAUAUGAUUUUAACAUUAUUAUUUUGGAUUGGAUUAUAUGAUAUGAAACAAGAAAAAAAUAAUCCUUUUAAUUUGAAUAUGUUAUCUACAGAAGGUGAUUUCACAACAGGAAAUCAAAUUUUUGAUGGAAUUAUAAAUGCUUUUAGUUUAAUAUUUCUUAUUGGUUUAGUGAGUUUUGGAUUGUUAGCAUUAGCAAUAUAUGAAUUUAAAAAUGUCAUACAAGGAUGGUUAGCUUUUUCAUUGGUAUCCGUCUUAUUUGGAGUAUUUUCAAUUUAUAUAUAUGAUUUUUUAAAAAUGUAUAAUAUAUCAAAUCAAAUUUUAUUAACAAUUGUUAUAUCUUCUAUUUAUGGUACUAUUGGUUGUUUUGUUUUUUUUACCAAAAAAAUACAACUAUUAUAUCAUCAAAUUUAUACAAUUAUUAAUUGUGCAAUGGUCAGUGUUUUAUAUUUACGUUCUUUUCCGGAAUCAACUAUCUGGUAUGUAUUACCUACAACACUUUUAUGGGAUAUAUUUGCUGUUUGGUCACCAUUUGGACCAUUAAAAAGAGUUACUGAAAAAGCAUACCAAUAUAAUGAAUCCAUUUUAAAAUUUAUGAUGUUUACAGCAGACAAUAUAAAUGAAAACACCAACACUGAAAAUGAUAAAAUUAAGUAUGAUGAUGAAAAUUCAUUGAUUUCUUCAACAUCUGAGGAAGAUGAAUUAAAUGACAGCAUUUCUACUAACAAUGAUGAUUCUAAAUAUGAUUAUGAAACUUCAAAAACAGAAGAUUACGAGAUGCCAACUGAAAUAGAAGAGGAAGAAAGUGUCGAUGAGAAUACAGAAUUAGAAUAUUUAUUUAAUAAUCAGGAUAAAGGAGAUUAUGAUAGACGAAUAGAAGAUAAAGAUAAAAUAAUAAAGAAAAAUAAAAGAAAAAUGAUAACUGCAAUGGAUGCGUUAAGUGAUGACAACUCAGUUCGUCUUGGUUUAGGAGAUUUUAUUUUUUACAGUUUACUUGUUGGAAAAUCAGCUGUCGAUAUGUCAAUUAUGGCAACAACAGCCUCAAUUUUUGCAAUAUUACUUGGUCUGUUAAUUACAUUAAUAUUUUUACAAAAAGGAGAUAUUGUCGUUCCAGCUUUACCUAUUCCAAUAUUUUUAGGUAUAAUUUUUCAUUUUGGUACUUUAUAUUUUAUUGAACCUUUUAUAAAACAAUUAUAUAGAAAUUAUAUUUAUUUACUUUAA